UCCAGAUAACAAAAAAAUUAUGUCUUCACUUAUUGACGAUAUUGAAGAAAAAUUUGUUUCUAGAGGAUCAGUUACACAUGUUAUUUUUGACUUUGAUGGUAUUCUUGUUGACACUGAACGACUCUACUCUAAAGCAAAUGAACAAGUAUUAAAGAAACAACAUGGAAAGACUUUUACAAAUAUUGAAAAGGCGUUAAUGAUGGGGAAAGCUAAACCUCUAGCUGUUGAAGCUUUGCUGAAAUCUUUCGGAUUGGAUGACCCUAAAGGAAUUGAAAAAUAUAUGGAAGCAUAUGAUGCUAAACUGGCAGAAUUGCUUAUAGCUGAGACUGAGGUAUUGCCGGGAGCUAUUCCCCUUGUUGACCAUUUACACAAAAGCGGCAUUCCAUUGGCUAUAUGUACAGGUUCUGAUGCUCUCGAAUUUAAACAGAAAACUUCAAACACGGAAAUUUCUAAUUGGUUAGAGAAAAUUCCUCUUCGACUUCUUUGUGGCAGUGACCCAGAAAUAACUUAUUGCAAGCCACAUCCAGAACCUUAUCUAAAAUUAAUGAAACGUUUUGAUGAUGGAGGCCCUGCAAGCCCAGAGAAUGUUUUGGUCUUUGAAGAUUCUGUUAAUGGUGUUCGAAGUGCUUUGGAUGCUGGAUGUACAGUAAUUAUGGUUCCGCAACCCGAAUUUUUGCCUCCCAAUUGGGAAGAGGAUGAACUUCGUGCUCACCCAAAUUUGGUAGAAGUCUUGGAGUCAUUGACUGAGUUUAAGCCUCAAAAUUAUGGUUUGCCUAGUUUUUGUUAG